UUGCGCCUGCGCCGUGCGGCUCUCCCAGAACCAGAGCCAGAAUCAGAGCCAGGUCCGGGCUGGACCGGGCCGGUCCCGCCCGCUCCCGCCGGCGGCUGCGCAGCGGGGCCCGACUGAGGGGGCGGGGCUGAGCGCUGCAGAGGGUGACGUCACCCUGCUGCCCGGCCGUCGGCACCGCCUCUGCCCGGCGAGGGAGCGCCGGGAUUGCCGGUGCAGGCGCCGCCAUGGCUGCCAUAUUGGGGAGGAAGUGAGAGCGGGAGGCGGCGGCCAGGAAGGAGCCCUUCCCUUUUCGCUUCUGCUCGGGCGGACGCAGGAUUCCCGGCAGCGGCGGUUUGCCAGACCCCCGGAGCGGGCGGCGUCGAGGCAGCAAGCGGGGGACGGCGGAGCUGAGCGCCCCGGCGGCGGCGUUGGCCUAAGAUGGCGGACCCGGCGGAGUGUAACAUCAAAGUGAUGUGUCGCUUCAGGCCCCUCAACGAGUCCGAAGUGACCCGUGGUGACAAGUACAUCGCUAAGUUUCAGGGCGAAGACACCGUCGUUAUCGCGUCCAAGCCAUAUAUAUUUGACCGUGUAUUCCAGUCAAACACAUCACAGGAGCAAGUAUACAAUGACUGUGCUAAAAAGAUUGUCAAAGAUGUUCUUGAGGGAUACAAUGGUACGAUAUUUGCUUAUGGACAAACAUCGUCUGGAAAGACACACACUAUGGAAGGGAAGCUGCACGACCCAGAUGGAAUGGGUAUUAUUCCAAGAAUAGUGCAAGAUAUUUUUAAUUAUAUUUACUCUAUGGAUGAGAAUCUUGAGUUUCAUAUUAAGGUGUCGUAUUUUGAAAUAUAUUUGGAUAAAAUAAGGGACCUUUUGGAUGUUUCAAAGACCAAUCUUUCUGUUCAUGAGGACAAAAAUAGAGUUCCCUAUGUAAAGGGUUGCACAGAGCGUUUUGUAUGUAGUCCAGAAGAAGUUAUGGAUACUAUAGAUGAAGGAAAAUCAAACCGACAUGUAGCAGUUACAAAUAUGAAUGAACACAGCUCCCGAAGUCACAGUAUUUUUCUUAUUAAUGUAAAACAAGAGAAUACUCAAACAGAACAGAAACUAAGUGGAAAACUUUAUCUUGUGGACUUGGCAGGUAGUGAAAAGGUUAGUAAAACUGGAGCAGAAGGUGCUGUGCUGGAUGAGGCCAAGAACAUCAACAAGUCUUUGUCUGCUCUUGGAAAUGUCAUCUCAGCUCUCGCUGAAAGCAGUACUUACGUUCCAUAUCGUGAUAGCAAAAUGACUAGAAUCCUUCAAGAUUCACUAGGAGGUAAUUGCAGAACCACUAUUGUUAUUUGCUGUUCUCCAUCUUCAUACAAUGAAUCUGAAACUAAAUCUACUCUUCUAUUUGGUCAAAGAGCAAAGACCAUUAAGAAUACAGUCUGUGUCAACGUGGAGCUCACUGCAGAGCAGUGGAAGAAAAAGUAUGAGAAGGAGAAAGAGAAAAACAAGACUCUGCGUAACACCAUACAGUGGCUGGAAAAUGAACUCAACAGAUGGCGGAAUGGGGAGACUGUUCCAGUUGAUGAACAGUUUGACAAGGAGAAGGCCAACUUAGAAGCUUUUGCAGUAGACAAGGAUAUUACUGUUACUAAUGAUAAACCAGCUACCACAAUUGGAGUAACUGGCAAUUUCACUGAUGCUGAAAGAAGGAAAUGCGAGGAAGAAAUUGCCAAACUAUACAAACAACUGGAUGACAAGGAUGAAGAAAUUAAUCAGCAGAGCCAAUUAGUAGAAAAACUGAAAACACAAAUGUUGGAUCAGGAGGAGCUUCUAGCCUCAACCAGGCGGGACCAAGACAACCUGCAAGCAGAGUUGAAUCGCCUUCAGGCUGAAAAUGAUGCCUCUAAAGAGGAAGUGAAAGAGGUGCUACAAGCCCUUGAAGAAUUAGCUGUCAAUUAUGAUCAGAAGUCUCAGGAAGUAGAAGAUAAGGCAAAGGAAUAUGAACUGCUUAGUGAUGAGCUCAAUCAAAAAUCGAUCACUCUAGCCAGUAUAGAUGCAGAGCUUCAGAAACUUAAAGAAAUGACCAACCAUCAGAAGAAACGAGCAACAGAAAUGAUGGCCUCCUUACUAAAAGAUCUUGCAGAGAUAGGAAUUGCAGUAGGAAACAAUGAUGUCAAGCCUGAGGGAACUGGCAUGAUAGAUGAAGAAUUUACAGUUGCAAGACUAUACAUCAGUAAGAUGAAAUCAGAAGUAAAAACAAUGGUAAAACGUUGCAAACAGCUAGAAGGCACCCAAGCUGAAAGCAAUAAGAAAAUGGAAGAAAAUGAAAAGGAACUGGCUGCUUGCCAGCUCCGUAUCUCACAGCAUGAAGCCAAGAUCAAGUCAUUGACUGAGUAUCUUCAGAAUGUGGAACAGAAAAAGAGACAACUGGAAGAGUCUGUGGAUUCUCUUAAUGAAGAAUUAGUUCAACUCCGAGCACAGGAAAAAGUCCAUGAGAUGGAGAAGGAGCACUUAAAUAAGGUUCAAACUGCAAAUGAAGUCAAGCAAGCUGUGGAACAGCAAAUCCAGAGCCAUCGUGAGACACAUCAAAAACAAAUCAGUAGCCUGAGAGACGAAGUUGAUGCAAAGGAGAAACUUAUCACUGAACUUCAAGACCAAAACCAGAAGAUGAUGCUUGAACAGGAACGUCUUAGAGUUGAGCAUGAGAAGUUGAAAGCGACUGAUCAGGAAAAAAGUAGAAAACUGCAUGAACUGACGGUUAUGCAGGACAGACGGGAACAAGCGAGGCAAGAUUUAAAGGGUUUGGAAGAGACUGUGGCAAAAGAACUUCAGACUCUUCACAAUCUUCGGAAGCUGUUUGUCCAAGAUCUUGCUACUAGAGUGAAAAAGAGUGCUGAGAUUGACUCAGAUGAUACAGGAGGCAGUGCUGCUCAAAAACAGAAGAUUUCCUUCCUUGAGAAUAAUCUUGAACAGCUUACAAAGGUUCACAAGCAGCUGGUACGUGACAAUGCAGAUCUUCGCUGUGAACUUCCUAAACUGGAGAAGCGACUUAGAGCUACAGCUGAGAGAGUUAAAGCUUUGGAGUCUGCACUGAAGGAAGCCAAAGAGAAUGCUUCUCGUGAUCGAAAACGGUAUCAGCAAGAAGUAGAUCGUAUAAAGGAAGCUGUAAGAUCCAAGAAUAUGGCCAGAAGAGGACAUUCUGCGCAAAUUGCUAAGCCUAUUCGUCCUGGCCAGCAUCCAGCAGCUUCUCCAACUCAUCCAAGUGCAAUUCGUGGUGGAGGUGCAUUCACUCAGAACAGCCAACCAGUUGCACUGCGUGGAGGGGGAGGGCGGCAAGACAAAGUUUGCUGAAAAGUAAAUGAAGCGUGAGGAGGAUUGGAUAUCAUGUAGAGGGAGUCAUUCCAUGACAAUAAUCUCUCCCCUUGGGGACUGUAGGAUUAUUUUUUGAAAAUGUAUAAAUUAUACCUGGCCUGUACAGCUCUUCCCCCUUCUACAAAUUCUGUUAACUGAUUUCCAAAAAAAACCAAACUAGAGUGCAAUUUUGGCGUCUUGAAAAAUGAUAUGUUACUUAAAGUGUAGCUCUGCUCAUUAUACAGUUUGUCUUUCAUGUCUUAAAUUUAGUCUGCACUGUGCCAAGCUGAAUGUACGUUGAGAAAAUCUUAGUUCAAAUUUUCUAGCUUAAUUUGUGUACAUCUUACUGUCUUAGGGAAUGUGUAACAGUGUUUAAGUAUACUUUCAUUUUUAUCACUUCACAUAACACUACAUGUCCCACUGAAUUAGAACAUCACUCUGCAUUGUGGUUUUCUUUUGGAAUGCUCCACAGAGCAUUGGAACUAAAUUUAUUUGUACAGUGUAAGAAUACUGAAGUGUGCUUAUAACAACUGCCAUGAAGCACUGCGAUUGCUACACCACAGACCUAAAGAGUUCAAUAUGAACAAGGCUGUUUAACUGUUACCUGAUUAAAUGCCCAUUUAUUGGGUGAUUUAGAUUUAAAUAUUGUACAGUAAUAAGAGUAAACCUAAGUUUACAGAAAAGACUUUGGCAGUGGAUUAUCUCAUCUGUCCUGUUCCUGAUUGUACACAAAGUGCAGUCUGGUGGAGUGAAAACAUUCUGCUUCAUUCUGAUGAGCCUGUCUAUCCAUUUGUCUGUAUCUGUGACAGUUCAUUUUCACUAUUUUAUAGUAGGGAAAUGAUCACAGUCUCAAAUUUAAUAUUCCACUGCAUAUACAGUAAUGGAAUUUUUGGCUAAAAUUUUAACUUUCAAUAAAAAAACUCCAGCAACUGGACAAUGAAUUCCAGUACACUAAUAAAGGAUACAACUUUUUAAAACUGAUGUAUCUGGAAAUACCAGAGACAUGUGCUUAAAAAAAUAAUAAAGUGCUACCCUGAAUUAUAUUUGUAAACUGUUUGUAAGUAGGUAUAUGAAAUGUCCAAAGUAGGAGUUGGUGAAUAUUUUUCUUCUCUUUGCAAUAAAGUUAUGUAAAGUGGCUAACAAAAUGAAACAUGGGUUUUUUUGUUUCUGAGCUCCAGUACUCCCAUGGAACAGAACCUGGGUUUAAAAAUUUUAUAGUCUAACUUUCCUACCUUACUUAUAGGAUCUAGCCACUAUAAUUUUUAGAACAGCCUUCUUCUUGAUAGAAAUUAAUGGUAAGGUCUUUGAGAAAGAAGGAACUUAAUAUUACUGAAAGAAUCCAAUUAGCUUUCCAGACCCAGUUGGUACCAGUUGGUGUUUGGCUUGAAUUUUUUUGCUGGGUUACUGUGGAAACUGUUCAGGCAGCAAAUCACUUUCAACUUUUAUAUUAUAAACAAAAUAUUUAUAUUAUGAUGGAGUGUAGUCAGAUUUUAGACCUUGAACCACUUUUUUUCUCUACAGUAUUCUGAAUUUUUAAUAGUUUGAUAUUUAAAAGCUGAGUACAUCAGUCAGGAAUCUGACAGUUUUGGAGUUUUCAGCUUUUAAGACUGUUCUGUUCAUUCAGGCAGUCGAGCAUCCAAACUUCUCAUUGUUUUAGAGCAUGAGUAGAGACAGCACACUGAGGAAAUGAAAAUAAAGGAACAGCAAACUAUUUUGAAUUAAAUUUCUCACUGUCUGUUACCUUUCUUAGUGUUAACUGUAGGUUUUCAGGCCUUCAUUCGUUAAUACACAAUCAUAAAACCAAAAAAACCCCACUUUCUUUACAAUACAUUCAAAUGAAGCAGGAUUUUUUCUAAUGCCUGUAAAUGGGGGUUUCAUUCCUGUGGGUAAUUAUCAUGGGUUUUGGUGCUGAAAAUUGCUGUGUUUAAAAACAUAUAUUAGGUGGUAACUAGCCUGUAGUUCAGUGUACAUCACCUUUUUAUAUUUAAACUUUUUGUUUUUUUAAUUUUAAAACUUUUCUGAAGUUUACCAAGAACUGCCUCUUAAAAUUAAAAAAAAAGCAAAAAACAAAAAAACAAAACACAAAAAAAUAACAAGAAAACAGACAACAAAGAAACAACCAACUUUUUCUAGUUUCUGGUUUGGCUGUCAGCCAGACAGGACAAUUACUGUUUUUUGUAAAUUAAAAUGUUCAGUCUAUACAGGGAAUGUUCAACACUGCUGUUUCAACUUGCAGUCUUUGAAUGGUUCUUAUUUUUUAUGUUCCUCUAGAUCAUAUUUUUUAAAAGGUGGUUUAGGAUAGGAACUUGGUAAAAUAUUUAUUUCUGAUGAACAACUAAGUUAUUUACAUAACUUAAACAAUGACUCACUACUGUGUGUAACUAAAUUUGACAUGAGAGGACAAGUCUACCUGUGGAAUAUGAUUUAACUUCAGUACACUUAAAAUGUAUUAAAACAAUUGGUUUGGGGAAGACGCCAUAUAGUUCUAACUUACCUGCAUGCUGUAAAUGUAUUUGUGUUUAAAUAAAGACAAGAAAACUCUUUGAA